GCUGUGACAGGACAACCAUGUUACUAGUACAGUGCUAUGCUACGGUUCGUCUACAUUGAAUAUCUAAUACCUAACUUGAAUAACAUACGGGAGGUCUAUAGCUACAGGUCUACUCGAAUAACAAUACAGGAAUCCAUAUGCUCACCGAUAAUUUAGACACCGAUAAUUUAGAAAGGAAGGGUUGUCAGCUGCAACUAUUUCCUAGUCUUACCGUCCAUCUUCUGCGCAUCUGCACCGAUUGAUCAUCUCUAGUUGAUAUUCGUCCAUUCUUUAGGUCCAAACCCCAGACCUAAAAAAAUGCGCGCGGCGAGGUCAGAGGCAAUACCUCCAGCCACCAUUGUCACCGUGACUAUCGGAGAGAUAGGAGGUAAAAUGAAAUUGGCUAUUUGCUGGACGGUCACGUUAGCACGUCAAAUCAAAACAGAGCGUUGUCGAUGGAACGCCCACGUUUGGGUGGAUGUAGUCUUCCUGGUGGUGGAUAUAAUGUUUCCCCCCUUCCCUUUGAAGUAGAAGACGCACAAUCAGACGGCCAGGCACUGGUUUAAACGGCACGAAGCGAAUGUGGAUGGAUUG